UCUUCUGAACAGCUCUUAACAAUAAACCUCUAUGACAGAGACCCUUUUGGUUUGCCCUAAGUUAAAAACGAAGAACCACAAAGAGCUGCUUGACAGUGAUCGGUUUUUAAACAAAUCAGAUGGCAGUAUGUUAGGGAUGUGUUAGCUAUAGAUUUCUUGUAGUAACAGGGAGGUGGGCUAGAUAAUCUUUGGGGUCCCUUCAGUUCUGCAAUUUAUAUUUGCAGAGUUUGUUUCCAAAAAAAAAAAAUAACCAAUAAAAAUUUGUAUGUUAGCACAUUGUUGGAUAGGAGCAAAAUAUGUACAAAUGAAAACUAUUAAAAUGUAUCCAGUCACUUCAAGAGAGGGCUUGGAAUACUGCAUUUUAUAGCAAAAGAAUGCAUAUCCUCAGCACGUUUUUUUUAUUCCUGUAAAAUGUGUUCAGAUGGAUUUCAUGGCUUUUGGAAACAAGCUCCACAUUUCUCUACGGGUGGAAUUGCGCUGAAUUUAUCUGUUCAAUAUGCAGACUGCACAGAGAAACUAGUUGGUAGUAUUUUAAUUGAAAGUUUUCAUGCACUAACUUUAAAAAAAUAUGUGCCCCACAAGUGCAGCAGACAGCAUGUUUGCUGUCCUUUGUAUUCAGAUUUUGGUUGAUAGCAGGAUAUUCUUAAAUGAUAUUCCUUUUUAAAAUAAAUAUCUUUUCAAAUUCUUCCUGCUUUCUUCAGUUUUUAGAAAAAUCUCUAGAAAGAAACCUCUCUUGUGUCAAUUAAUAUACUAAGUUUUAAUGCCAAUUUUAAUCUAUUUAUUGUUAGACUAGUCAUUGUCCUAAUCAUAGUAUCUUAUUUUUUUCUUUUCUCUUAUAGUCUAACAAGAGCUAUAUGAGUAUAGGGUCUCAAUAAACUUUAAUGUAGGCCAGCUUCUGCACCGCAGUGUAUGGUUGGAAGCACAGGUAGUGGCCCCAGAAAAGGACUUUUAAUUCCUUGCCAAGAUACCCCAUUUGCUGCAAGUAUGAUGCCAUUCUUGCAGCCCGAACAGUUGAUGAGGAUAUGCUGGUUUCCAUCCACCUCUUGAAUUGUCAGUGAAGCAGCAUGGGCACUUAGAACAGUGUGGAAUCCACUUCUCAUAAUUAUGUGCAGUACAGGAAUCACAGGUGCAUGGUUUGAAUACCAAAGGCAUGCCCUGAAGAUACUGUAACAAAAAUAUUCUGCACUUGUACAUGAUUAAUAGGUUGGGGGAACACAAGAAGCAAGACAAUCCCAGGAAGAUUGGUUUGCAAAAGGAAAGAUUGGCUCUUGGUUAAUUAUAUAAAUGCCUUAAGGACCUCAGUUAUGUAUAUAUAUAUAUAUUAUGUAUGUGUAGUUUUAAGACCAGUACUUCAGACCUCCUUUAAAAAGGUGUGCUUGUUGUUGUUCAGUUCUGACUGACAGUAGAUAAAUCUUGCAUGCUCUGGGUGUUACAUUGUGCAGCAAGAGGGGUGGAAAGCAGUGAGUUGGGGUUGCAGUAGGAUUAAACAAUGCUGCUGAGAGAUGGCUGUGCUGCAUUUGCCGCUUCGUAAUGCUUGUCACUACAAACAAACUGCUUGUCUUUCUGUCUCUUUUUCUGUCCCCCUUCAAUGUUGGAGACCUAUUCCUCCUUCUUUAAUAAACUCUCUGCCUUGCUUUUCCUGGGCUACUGCUUUGUGGAUGUUGACGGCUUCUUGUUAUGACAGGAGAAUGUGUGUGUGUCCUGGGCCCAGGCGGAUUGCAAUUCCAGUCAGAAGCUCCAGAUUGCCAUUGUUCUCUGAUGCCAUGCCAGCACCGACUCAGCUAUUACUUCCAUUAAUUCGCAACUGUGAGAUUGGCAGGAUAUACAAUACUGCAUGCUACUGUCACCAUAAACAUCUGUGUUGCUUGUCACCUCACCUGACUCACCAACACAUGAGAUAUGCCCCACAGAAAAAGUUGGCAACGCUUUGCAGACCAAAGGAGAACCUCAGUCAGUUGAUUCAUGCAAGAAACUAUGUUUCUACACCACAGAGAUUUUACCUCACACCUCCACAGGUCAAUAGCAUCCUGAAAGCAAAUGAGUACAGUUUUAAAGUUCCAGAGUUUGAUGGUAAAAAUGUAAGUUCUGUCCUUGGCUUUGAUAGCAACCAGCUUCCUGCCAAUGCACCAAUAGAAGAUCGAAGGAGCGCAGCUACUUGCUUGCAAACGAGAGGGAUGCUACUUGGAGUAUUUGAUGGCCAUGCAGGGUGUGCUUGUGCACAAGCUGUCAGUGAAAGGCUGUUUUAUUACAUAGCUGUUUCUCUGUUACCCCAUGAGACUUUACUUGAAAUAGAAAAUGCUGUUGAGAGUGGUAGAGCACUGCUGCCCAUCUUACAGUGGCACAAGCACCCGAAUGACUAUUUUAGUAAAGAAGCCUCCAAAUUGUAUUUUAACAGCUUGCGAACAUACUGGCAGGAGCUCAUAGACCUUAAUACUGGAGAGACAACUGACGUUAAAGAGGCUUUAAUUAAUGCCUUUAAGCGGCUUGACAAUGACAUUUCUUUGGAAGCUCAAGUAGGAGAUCCAAAUUCUUUCCUCAAUUAUUUGGUAUUGCGUGUAGCCUUUUCUGGUGCAACUGCUUGCGUGGCUCAUGUAGAUGGUGUUGAUUUGCAUGUUGCUAAUACUGGUGACAGCAGGGCCAUGCUUGGUGUCCAAGAAGAGGAUGGAACUUGGUCCGCUGUUGCUCUGUCUCAUGAUCAUAAUGCACAGAAUGAAAGUGAAAUUGAACGAUUGAAAGUAGAGCAUCCAAAGUCUGAAGAAAAGAGUGUUGUGAAACAGGAUCGGCUGUUAGGUCUGCUGAUGCCUUUCAGAGCUUUUGGGGAUGUCAAAUUUAAAUGGAGCAUUGACCUUCAGAAGAGAGUGAUAGAGUCAGGCCCAGAUCAGCUUAAUGACAAUGAAUAUACAAAGUUCAUCCCACCAAACUAUCAUACUCCUCCAUACCUCACAGCUGAGCCAGAGGUAAUAUAUCACAAAUUAAGACCUCAGGACAAAUUCCUGAUAUUGGCAACAGAUGGCUUGUGGGAAACAAUGCACAGGCAGGAUGUGGUUAGAAUUGUAGGUGAGUAUCUAACUGGUGUCCAUCACCAACAGCCAAUAGCUGUUGGAGGUUACAAAGUAACGCUGGGACAGAUGCAUGGUCUUUUAACAGAAAGGAGAGCUCGGGUCUCUUCAGCCUAUGAAGAUCAGAAUGCAGCAACACACUUAAUACGCCAUGCUGUGGGAAACAAUGAGUUUGGCACAGUUGACCAUGACCGGCUAUCCAAGAUGCUCAGUCUUCCAGAAGAGUUGGCUCGGAUGUACAGGGAUGAUAUCACAAUUAUAGUAGUGCAGUUCAAUUCCCAUGUUGUAGGUGCAUGUCAGAAUGAAGAGUUCUAAAUUUUAAGCCAGGGAACGAAUACUUUCGCAGAACAAAAUGGCCAGUAAUGAACAUAGGAUUGUAACAAAUGUAUUCACUUAAUUUCUGGCCAUUGGACUUUGAGCUAGAGCAAAUACAAUUUGCAAAAGCCCAAGAGAAGAGUCAGAGGGUUAUUGAACUAAUUUAUUACUAAGAGAGCUGAACAAUUUAGAACAACUUUGCACUAAACUAUUUCCUGGGACAGUGGCUUAUGAUAUGAGAUUACUUGGUGGAAGUGAAAAUCUCACACCAGUGUGAUGUGCUGCAAGGCAAAAUUCUUGUAUAUGUUGCCACGUGUACAUAUCUGUAUAUGUAGGUGUUUAGUAGCAAUACCAAACAUUGAGUGGGGACUUCAUUGUAAAUCUAAAUUUCAACUGAGCUGAUGACUUUUAUAUUUAUGAGAUACCUUUGCUGUCUCCUCUUCAGGAGCUAAAUAGAAGUUUAUAACAAGUUGGUGAAUGUUUUGGUAUAAUACCUAGCUACUCUCUUUUGAGUAUCUCAGUUGAAACAGCUAAAAAAAUGAGUAAAGUAGUAAGUCUUAAGCCAUAAAUAUCACAAUCCUGUCCCAAAUAUUAGAAUGAAUGUUGCAUCAAAUGACGAAUUCUCUGUUUUGCACAGUUCAAAGGCAAUAAAUAAUGGGACCUUUAACCGAGGGAAGUGCAAAAAAACCUUUGCUUGCAUUAUGAAAUUGUAACUCUUACCUUUUCUGAAAUAUGGUGUAGUCUUCAAUCAGGCCAUAUUUCAAAGCAUUGUACUCUGCAAGCAACAGUCCUGAUGUGUACCAAAUCUGUUUCCAGUCAUGAGUCUUUGGUCUUGUGUUAAAUCUUGGCAGACAGUACUGACUUUGUAAACUAGUGCAGUCACAUAUGUUGAACUAAAGUUUGAUCUUGUGUUCUAGAUGUUUCAAAUAUAACAAAAUGAAAACAUCUUUAUGACUCUGUCUAGUUUGGUUCCCAUGGUGACUACUGAAGAAAUCAAUGUAAUAAGAUUUGUAAAUAGGUAAAGUAAGAGGGACAGUAUGCAUGCUGUAUGCUUAAACCUCUUAUUGACAUUUUCUAAAUCUAACUUCCAGUGUGAACACUCACUUAAACCUUAAACCUCUUCUCAUAAAACUGCAUGUCUCAGAACUUUAGAUCUCUGCUGAACACAAUUCAUAUUUAAAUCGUUAGACAAAUUAAAACAUUUUCUUGACUACCAAUUUAAAAUGUUCUUAAACAUUUGAAUUUGAAAACAUCCCAUAUUUUAAACAAAAUUAAUUGCCUAGCCUAUUUUUAAUCUAUUCUUGAACAAGUGGGUGUAAUUCAAUUUUUUGCUGAGUAUUUCAUCUAGUUGUGAAACACAAGCGGGAAAACCUUAAAAUCCAAUUAUGUUUCUCUGUACAGACACCAUAUGAGCAUUCCACUUAAAUGGCAACACAUGUAAUCAAUUUCUGAGUUAAAAGGUUCGAAAGGAUUUCAAUAUUCUUGGCAAUGUAGUUUUUUUUUAUAGCGCACCAAGUACUGUAUUAUAUAUGUUGUUAUACAUGUUUGUUAGCAUUAAUGCCCCUUUGCUUUUCUGUACAUCAAAAGUCACAAUUGUCUAAAUUAUUGACAUGCAGUUAUUGAGAAUAGAUUAUUACACCGACAUCCUGACAUAGGGCAUUCUUACUUUAUAAUGUAUUUAUCUUUGUGGAAAUCCUACAGUGUUUUAAGCCCUAUCUGGAGCCUUAAUAAAAAUGGUGGUCUUCCCUUUCUAUGUUCAAGGAAAGUCGUAAUUUUAUCUGUGUCUGUUACCGCACACCUAAAUUCUUAAUAUAUUUGUGACAAAACUGGAUAGGUCAAAUUUAAUUUUAAUUUUUUAUUUUAUUUGUUUAGAUACCUAAAAUAGAACUGUUACAUUAUUCAGGCUUCCUUGCUAUUUUUACUUGUGGAGUGUAUAGUACAUGUAAAUGUUUCAUUUUGGUAUGGCACUAGUCUUAACAAAUUAAGCUCUGAUUCUGUAUGUUCAACAUUUGAGGGCUGACGUUGUAAAAUAAAAGGUGAACAUAAGCAGGAUUUGAAGACAGACUCACAAAAUAUGUAUUUGGGGAAAUGAAAUGUUUAUGAUAUUGUGGCUUUCUGAACAUCAAGUGAUACAAUCUAAGAACAAGUUUCUUUUUAGUAGACUUCAAUAAAACUAUUACUAUACAAACA